CGCCGCCGCCCCCACGCUGGCCGGAUCCGACCGCCCCGUCGGGCCCCCUGCUUGGAUCUGAAGUCACCGUGGAGCUCGGCCGCCGCCCCCCAACUUCCAUCGCGAGCGGGAAAUAUGGGAUGUAUAAAAUCAAAAAGGAAAGACAAUCUGAAUGACGAUGGAGUAGAUCUGAAGCCCCAACCAGUACGUAAUACUGACCGAACUAUUUAUGUGAGAGAUCCAACGUCCAAUAAACAGCAAAGGCCAGUUUCAGAAUCUCAGCUUUUGCCAGGACAGAGAUUUCAAGCUAAAGAUCCGGAGGAGCAAGGAGACAUUGUGGUAGCCUUGUACCCCUACGAUGGCAUUCACCCAGACGACUUGUCGUUUAAGAAAGGAGAGAAAAUGAAAGUUCUGGAGGAACAUGGAGAGUGGUGGAAAGCGAAAUCCCUUUCAACAAAGAGAGAAGGCUUCAUCCCCAGCAAUUACGUAGCCAAAGUCAACACCUUAGAGACGGAAGAGUGGUUUUUCAAGGAUAUAACCAGGAAGGAUGCCGAGAGGCAGCUUCUGGCUCCCGGAAAUAGCCCUGGAGCCUUUCUCAUCAGAGAGAGUGAGACGUUGAAAGGAAGCUACUCUCUGUCUGUCAGGGAUUAUGACCCUGUACAUGGUGAUGUUAUUAAGCACUACAAAAUUAGAAGUCUGGACAAUGGGGGUUAUUACAUCUCGCCACGCAUCACUUUCCCCUGUAUCAGUGACAUGAUUAAACAUUAUCAAAAGCAGUCGGAUGGCUUGUGCAGAAGAUUGGAGAAGGCCUGCAUUAGUCCCAAACCACAGAAACCAUGGGAUAAAGAUGCCUGGGAGAUUCCACGGGAGUCCAUCAAGUUGAUGAAGAGGCUGGGCGCUGGCCAGUUUGGAGACGUCUGGAUGGGUUACUAUAAUAACAGCACUAAAGUAGCUGUGAAAACGCUGAAGCCGGGCACCAUGUCAGUGCAGGCCUUCCUGGAGGAAGCGAACCUCAUGAAGACACUGCAGCAUGACAAACUGGUGCGACUCUAUGCCGUGGUCACCAAGGAGGAGCCCAUCUACAUCAUCACGGAGUACAUGGCCAAAGGCAGUUUGCUGGAUUUCCUGAAGAGCGAUGAAGGUGGCAAAGUCCUGCUUCCAAAGCUAAUUGACUUUUCUGCUCAGAUUGCGGAAGGAAUGGCGUAUAUUGAGAGGAAGAACUACAUCCACCGAGACCUGCGAGCAGCCAAUGUCCUGGUGUCGGAGUCCCUGAUGUGUAAAAUCGCCGACUUCGGCCUCGCACGCGUCAUUGAGGACAACGAGUACACUGCACGGGAAGGUGCUAAGUUCCCUAUUAAGUGGACAGCUCCAGAAGCCAUCAACUUUGGGUGCUUCACCAUUAAGUCUGAUGUGUGGUCCUUUGGAAUUCUCCUGUAUGAAAUUGUCACCUAUGGGAAAAUUCCCUACCCAGGAAUUAAUUCAACAACUUCUUUAAUGCUUUGAAUGUGCCUGGCACUGUCUUAGUAUUGAGGAUACUGGGGCGAAUUCACCACAGGUGUUUCUCUUAGGAAGUGCACCUGAUGGCGGAAGAAGCAGACGGAUGACCGAGAAUUUGUAAUAGGUUUUCAGUUGGUUUUGAAACAGAAGCUUGUAUAAAAUGCUAUGGAGUUUCUACCUCUUCCUGAAAUAACUGCCUCUGAUUUUAUCAGUAAAAGAGCUUUCAGAACUUUGCCAUCGGGAUAUCAGCAACUUGAUCAUUUCGUGUUUCCGGACCCAGCCCAAUUUUGCCCACCUCUCCUUAUUGCCAGGGUUUGUGCUGGCAUGUUUAGGAAGAGGGUUUUUUUCUCAAAGACUUCAUAUCCUCAUUAAUCUUUGGCUUUUAACAAAAUCCGUGGGUAAGAUGAAUUUCAAAUGAAGUCUUUAAUAUUUAAAGCAUUCCCUCAUUCAAAAAGCUGUUUGCAGUAAGGUGGUUCUAGCCUGAGUUGUGUGUGUGUAGAGGGGACUCGGCUUGUUGGUGGUGGUGACUUCCCCCUCCCCUGCACCUCUUCUGCUUCCCCGCCCGCCGGGGUAGAGGGUGAUGCUGACAGAGGGGCUCAUCAUACUGCAGGGGAGCAAAAACAUAGGGACCACAUGAAAGACAACCUUCACAGCUUGCGGACUUGGUCCCAUCACUCCAAGGAGAGAAGGCAUCCCGGGCCCAAAUCCUAGACAAAGCCACAGAGUCCACCCAGUGUCCGUGAAGGAAAAGCCCCACACACCAGCAAGAUCCCGACGACCUCGAGCAGCAGCAUGCCCCUCGGGCGCAGCAAGUCCGUGCACUGCAGAGGGCGGGCUGGGUGCCCCUCCUCAGACAACGGCUCGCCCACCAGCGCCAGGGGCAGCACAGUCUCCGCCUUCCGUGGGGCGUGGACUCCAGCUCAGAGCCGAGAGCCCCAGAGCACCAGGACACUCCAAACUCCCGCGGGCGGCCAGCUAAGCCCAGCGGGCAGGCCAGCAGUGAAAACUGCCCCCUCCGUCACCUCCUCGUUUCAGUUCAUCGUUAGAACCCUCAGAACCGUUUAAGACACUCUUUAUUUUUUUUUAAUUUUUAUUUUUACGUACAAGCUCUUAGACAACAGCUCUCUGUUCUCUGUUUCCACUACUUUGUGUUUUGGUUUUUUUUUUACAUUUUCCUUCAGGGAUUCCCUGUCCCCACGAGGAAUUUUUAAACCAAAACACCUCAGCCUGACAGCUUUUUCUGUGAAUGACAGACGGCCGGCUGGACGUCUGAGCACAUGGUGUCCUAAAAGCCCCCACUCAGUUCCCCCGGCCCUGCCGGGCGGCACGGCCUGGAGGACCCUUCCUUCCCUCACAAGCCUCUAGCCCUGUCCACCCUCCCCUCUGCCUGAUGGACUGGGAGUCUGUGAACGGCUCUACAUUAAGAAGACCGUUGGUUUGGAAUAUCAGAAUUAUUCCUACCCCCCUUUUUAAGGAUUUUUUUUCCUAAAAAGCUAGUUAUCACUCCUAUUGGAAGACCAGAUCCUUGAACAAGUUGGUGGUAUAAAAGGGAAGUGGGGACGGAUUUGCACAGCAGAGUCUUUGGCAGGGUUCACCGCUGGUUUUCCCGCAGCUCUGCUAAGCCUGUGUGGCAGCCCUGCGGGUGCAUCGCCCUCCGUGAUGUCCCUGGGAGAAAGGAGUCUUGAGGCAUCAGCCACCAGGGAGUUGGUAGGGGGUAGUUUUUGGAGGGUAAGACAGGGAGGGGGAGGAUUGGGUGAGGGUAGAGGUUUCCUUGCGAGGGCCAGUGGUGUUGUUUUGAUAUUUAUUUCCUGAUACUGAAAUUUGAGUCUCAGUGAAUUGUCCCUAUUUCUGAUGAUGUCGGUAUUGCAAAACGACAGAUUUAUGAAGUAACGAUCACAUCUUCCUUUCUUUCCUGGUGCACAUCUAAGAAAUAGAGCCAGCUGAUUUUGUAUGUAAAUACCAAGAGCGAUUUACCUGGCACUAAACCCACCCUUGCCCCCCGCGUUCCCGGCAUGUGCUGGCUUCUAGUGUGUAUACACUGUAAUCUCAGUCCGUGUUUGAUUCCAUUCCAUGGAAAUAAAAAGUAUGUUGUACACACUGUGGAAGAAAUAUCUUACAAGUUAAGGCUUCCCCCUUUACUAUAAGUCUAUAAAUAAAAACUUAUUUUAUUCUUAAAAAAAAAAUGCUCUUUGAGCAUGCCGGGCCCUCUCUGGGCACAGGGACACCGCAGUCUCUAAGCCCCUGCCCUCAGGACCUAGGAUUCUAGGAGGGAGAGAUGGACGGUGACCACAUAGACAUUCCGUGGACGGUGCCUUGGAGAGUCCAUGAAGCAGUUUAGGGAUGACGUGUGCUCGUGGGAGGGAGAGGGUUGCUGUUUUUGCACACAGUGACCUGGGUUCUAGGCUCAGCAGCGUGGAAGAGUGAGCCUGGGCCUGCCGAGGGUGAGUGUCUUCACAGAGGAUACCACAGCUCGCUCCAGGCAAGGGCAGGAACCGGCGUGGUUUGGGACUCGAUGAGUGUUUGUUGAAUGAACGAAUGACUCACCUAGUUAUUUAGUCUCUAGACAGUGCCUAUGCUAUGGGUGAGAAGGUAGGGGCUGAGCGUGAUGAGGAGGCCAGAGCGUUGAGCGGGGAGUGAAUUGGGUAGAGCCUUUUUGGCCAUUUUACUCUGGAUGACGUGGAAGCAGACUGCCACGUUUUUCUUCCACAGAGUGACUGGUGGAUUUGAACCACCGAUCUUUCAAUUGGUGGCCGAGCACCUCACCACUGUACCACCAGGGCUAUCUCACAAGAGGCUACCUAAUAAGGUAAACUGUAACCGAAUACGGUGAUGUCAUUCAGUAUGUAUGAUGCGCUCCACAGUAAUGUACAGAUGAAGCCCCAGGGCUUGAAGAAGAUGACUUGUUUGCCCAGAACCACACACCACUACCCCCUGGCAGAGUUGCUUCAGAACCAGGGCCAAAUUAAGGCAUGUGACAGCCCUAAAGACUGAUAAUCUGUGGUGCGCCUCCUCUGCCAGGAGGUAGUGGUACGUGGUUCUGGGCAAACAAGUCACCUUCUUCAAGCCCAUCGGGCCUCAUCUGAACCUGAGUGUGCAGCACAACGUAAGUAUUGAACAACAUCGCCUGUUAGGUUACAGUUUACUUUAUCAGGUAUCAGGUUAACGUGUGUGUGUGUUAGCGCUCCAUGAUGUAACUUAUUUUUAAAGGAGACUAUAAUAUUAGCAAUGGAAUGCAAAGGCAGCGUAUGCCAUUUUAGCAGAAUGAGAUGAACUGGAUUAUGAAAUUUUUAGUGGACGUGGAAUAUAAAGAUUUUUACUACAUGCCACAUUUUCUACAAAAAGAAUAUUCCACAUAUUCAUUUAAAUGAGUCAGUGAACUUAGUUGUUUCAACAAUUAAUGUAAAAUUCUGUUGGUCUCCCAGAAAAGAUCGACUUUCACCACUUUUGCUUUAAACAGUUCAUACUUCAAUUUCGAGGCUUGUUUCAUAAUAAAUGCUGUAAUUAUAAAUAAACAAAUGAAAAGAUGUCAUAAAAGGAAAUUUAAUGAUCAGAAAACAAAUAUUACAACUAAUUACUAUAUUUUUUCUUAGAUCUUUCAGCUCUAACAUUAUAAUUAAAAACAUUUCUUUCUAUUUUUUACUCUUACAAAUUCUUCAAUGAUUUCAUCACUAUUAAGCUACUGAACAAUAUCUACUUCCAUACAUAAUAAGGAUAAUGAAUCAAAUCUUUCUUGAAUCAUUGUUGUACACUGAGGGUUUUUGAGCCUCUUUAGAGUCUUUAGGGAUGAAAAUGAUCAUUCUUCUGUUGUGCAGUUUGUGAUCAUUAAAGUCAGGGAUAUGUGUAAAGCAGUUUCAACACUGGGAAAUACGCAUUGUAUUUUAUCUUCUGUUACGGAAUUAUACGUGCCUAAACCCGUUGCCAAACCCAAGGCUGUUGAGUCAGUUCCGACUCUUAGCGACCUAUGGGAUAGAGUAGAACUGCCAAGGAGCACCUGGUGGAUUUGCACUGCCGACCUUUUGGUUAGCAGCCGUAGCUCUUAACCACUAUGCCACCAGGAUUUCCCAUACAUGCCUAUGUGAGCAAAGUUUGUCUUUCUUAAAUCUGUUAACUUAGUUCUCAUGUAAGAAUGAAAUCGUCUCACUUCCCCAUAAAGGUUUGUAUUUAAGUCAUCGGGAUAAGCCUGCACUAAUUUCUUACAUGCCUUCGUGCAUUCUUCAUCAGGUAUAUCCACACUGUUAAAGAAGGAAAAUCUAUUUGAAAGAAUUUGACCCAUUUUCUCCCAUCUUUUCAUGCAAGAUUCGAGUUUGUCAAUGAUGGUAUAGUAUGUGAAUCCGCAAAAUCGAUCUCUGGCACUCAGUGAUAGUCCUGGAGUACUUCUUUCAUUUAAUUGUUUCUUUCUAAUGCUUCUGUGACAGUGAACUGCUUGAUAACCAGUAUUUGGCAGUAUUUGUUUUGUUCUGUUUUCAAAUUUUUCAGAAUCUUCUCUUAAAUCAUGUAAAUACCCUGUUAAUGACUGGUAGAGAUCUGUGCACAUCUUUAAAUUUACUUCUGAAUCUUGAAGAGCAUGACUUGUUCAAUGAAAAUGCAGUGAUACAUUAUCCCACAUAACCAGCGUAAAUACAUAUACUAGUGUUUGCAUUUUGUGGGCAAUGUUUUCAGCUUUUGUUUUGGUAUUUUUUGUGUUUGGUCUUCAGCAGUAUUUUCUAAGGCGUCUAGAAUCUGAGUGAACAAUUCCAGGAUUGCACUCGUUGCUACAGCAUGUGCCUCCCAAUGUGUAUUAGAAAGACAUUUUAAAACUUGAGUAUUGCCGAAAUAUGUUUAAAGAACUGCCCAUCAGUGAGUAGAGGUAGUAAAAAAUAUGUAGAGUAAUUGAACAGUAGAAAAAAAUCAGCUGCUUCCGGACAGCAAUCUAGGGUGCUGUGUCCUACACGAUAAAGUGAAUGCACACCACAUGGUAUGAAAACGGCAUAUUCACUGUGUUUUAAAAUUUUCCGUUGCUGCCUUUAUAACACCCUGACAUACUGGCAGCAUUGUCACAGGACUGGCAUCUGCACUUAGAAAAAUCAGUUUUGCAAACUUUACAUAGUGAAGUACUUGAUUUGCAGUUUCUUCACCAGCAUGACUUUUUAAGCUAGUGAAUGUGAUAAGUCACUCGGCAGGUUUUCCAUCUCUUGGAGAUACAUAAGAUACAUAUUUUAAAACAAUACUUAGCCGAUCUGUUUCAAAAAGAUCAGGAGUGGAAUCUAUAGACAAACUGAAAUAUCAAGCUAUACUUAUUUCACUGUGUUUUAUCGACUAUGCUAAGGCAUUUGGCUGUGAGUCAUAACAAAUUAUGGAUAAUAUUGCAGAGAAUGGGAGUUCCAGAACACUUAAUUGUGCUCGUGAGGAAUCUGUACAUGGAUCAAGCGGCAGUCAUUCGAGCAAAAGAAGGGGAUACUGCAUGAUUUAAAGUCAGGAAAGGUGUGCAUCAGAGUUGUAUCCUUUCACCAUACUUAUACAGUCUGCAUGCUGAGCAAAUAAUCCGAGAAGCUGGACUACAUGAAGAAGAACAGGGCAUCAGGAUUGGAGGAAGACUCAUUAACAACCUGCAUUAUGCAGAUGACACAACCUUGCUUGCUGAAAGUGAAGAGGACUUGAAGCACGUACUGAUAAGGAUCAAAGACCACAGCCUUCAGUAUGGAUUGCACCUCAACAUAAAACAAAAAUCCUCACAACUGGACCAGUAAGCAACAUCAUCAUAAACGGAGAAAAGAUUGAGGUUGUCAAGAAUUUCAUUUUACUUGGAUCUACAAUCAACACCCAUGGAAGCAGCAGUCGAGAAAUCAAAAGAUGCAUUGCAUUGGGGGAAUCAGCUGCAAAAGACCUCUUGUAAGUUUUGAAAAGCAAAGAUGUCACCUUGAGGACUAAGGUGCACCUGACCCAACCCAUGAUGUUUUCAGUUGCCUUAUAUGCAUUCGAAAGCUGGGCAAUUAAUAAGGAAGACCAAAGAAUUGAUGCCUUUGAAUUGUGGUGUUGGUGAAGAGUAUUGAAUAUACCAUGGACUUCCAAAGGAAUGAACAGGUCUUUCUUGGAAGAAGUACAAUCAGAAUGCUCCUUAGAAGUAAGAGUGGCGAGACUACGUCUCACAUACUUUGUAUGUGUUAUCAGGAGGGAUCAAUCCUUGGAGAAAGAUAUCAUGCUUGGUAAAGUAGAGGGUCAGCAAAAAAGAGAAAGUCCCCCAAUAAGAUGGAUUGACACAAUGGCUGCAACAAUGGGCUCAAGCAUAGCAACAAUUUUGAGGAUGUCACAGGACCAGGCGGUGUUUCAUGCUGUUGUGCAUAGGAUCGAUAUGAGUCAGAACUGAUUUGACUGCACCUAACAACAGCAACUUAUUUCACUGAAAAUAAUUGAUCAAACUUUAUCAUUUACUAAGUUUAUUAAAUGCCUUUGAAUUGUGGCGUUGUGGUGUUCACGAAGAAUAUUGAAUAUACCGUGGACUGCCAGAAUAAUGAAUAAAUCUGUCUUGGAAUAAGUACACUCAGAACGCUCCUUAGAAGCAAGGAUGGUGAGACUGCGUCUUACAUACUUUGGACAUGUUGUCAGGAGGGAUCAGUCUCUGGAGAAGAACAUCAUGCUUGGCAAAGUAUAGGGUCAGCGGAAAAGAGGAAGACCCUCAAGGAGGUGGAUUGACACAGUGGCUGCAACAGUGGACUCAAGCAUAACAAUGAUCGUAAGGAUGUCGCAGGGCCGGGCAGUGUUUCGUUCUGUUGUGCAUAGGGUCGCUAUGAUUCAGAGCCAACUCAAUGGCACCUAACAACAACAAGUUUAUUAAGUCUUUAUUAAUUUGCCCCCACAUUAAUAAUUGUCUUAGACAUAUACAAUGGGUUGCCCUUUCCUGUGUUACCACAUUUUGAGAUGUGACCUGCUAAAAAUGUAUCAAACUGAGCAACAAGUUGAAGUAAACCCAAAAAAUUUCCAUUUUGGGGGGACACAUGCACUUCAUUUCUUCCUUGAAAAGAUAGUCCAUAUUCAGGAAUUGUUAUAAUGACAGCAGCACAAUGUGUUGGAAAACAACUUUCCAAUACUGAUGUUCUUUACUACUUUGUUUCUAGUUCAUGAGUUAAGCUAAAGCUAUGUCUUUGGUUUAAGUACGACAACAUACAAUCUCUGUGAAUUGAACUGUUUGCAUGUUUAUCAGUCAUAUUUGUGUUGCACCAAUCCAUGCAGAGCAAAUUGAGAAUUAAAUGAUUUAGGACUGAAUAGUUUGCAAACAAAACAAUAUACAGAGCUGACUGAUGGAGAAUACAAUAGCCACUCCUGCUUAUAAUUUUCACCAUUAGCCUUGCACACUAGAAAUAUAUUCUGGCUACAAAACCUUGUCUGUUUACCAUCCAGAAAUUUUCAACAUGAAUUUUCAAAUGAUCUACUGUGAUGUUGACAGUCGCUUGGCCCCCUUUCAAUCCAAUAAUUUACAUCAUUAGAAGAAAAAUUAUCCCACAAAGCAGGAGCUGUAUUUUUGUUAUUUGUGGGGUCUGCAGAUGCAACAGUUUCAGAUUCUAAAAUAGUUUCACUUUCUACACCAUUAGUAUUUUUUUUACUAUAGCAAGAAAUGGAUGCAGAAUUUGGAAAUUCUGUUGUAUUUGUAUUGCUAUUUGUAAUUUUAGCACUAGUGGUACCAGUACAACGAUUUGCACUCAUUAAACUUGAGUGUUCAGCAGAAGUCUCUUCUGAUUCAUUACAUUUUAAAAAGGAAGUUAAUUUUGAAAUUGUCUUCAGGAACUCAAAAUCUUUUCCUUUUUCUCUUCUGCAAGCUUUAGUUUUUUGCACUCCACUUAGUUGUUGCCAUUUCAUUUUACCUGGGUAUAAAAUUGUGUCACUUCUUAAAUUUGGUUCUACUGUAGCAAAUAAAUUGAAUAAUUGAAAAUAAAUAAAAUUUAUAAAAUAAAAUUUACAUUUAAAUUUGGACAACACAAAAAUUUAUAUUUAAAAAUGAAGAGAUGCUCAUGAUCAUUAGCCAUAUACCAAAAAACAACCAAAAAAAAACCUCUUGCUGUUAAGUGGAGAGAUGAAAACUAAAACUACAAUGAGAUACCAUCUCAACACGACAUCAAUGGCACUAAUCAAAAAACAGAAAACAACAAAUACCGAUGAGGUUGUGGCGAAACUGGAACUCUUAUGCACUGUUGGUGGGAAAGUAAAAUGGUACAACCCCUAUGGAAAACGAUAUGGCACUUCCUUAAAAAACUAGAAAUAAAAAUAUAUGACUCAGCAGUCCCACUCCUAGGUAUAUACCCUAGAGAAAUAAGAGCCGUCACACGAAUAGGCACAUGCACAUCUGUGUUCAUUGCAGCAUUGUUCACAAUAGCAAAAAAGAUUGGAAACAACCUAAUUGCACAUCAACAGAUAAAUGGAUAAACUGCACACAGUGGAAUACUAAGCUAUGCUAAAGAACAAAGAAUCUGUGAAACAUCUCACAUGAAUGAAUUUGGAAGACAUUACGUUGAGUAAAAUAAGCCAAUCCCAAAAGGACAAAGAUUGUAUGGAACUGCUAUUAUAUAAAUUUAAAACAACAACAACAACAAGAAAAGGCUCAAGCACAGGAAAAAAAAUUCUUUGAUGGUAACCAGGGAAGGGAAGGGGAGAGAGGGUAAUUUGCUAAAUAGAAGACAUGUGGUAAUAUUGCUGAAGGGAAAGACAAUACACUAUAUGGGGAAAGUCGGCACAACAUAACAAAGGUAAAGGAAGACACUGAAAAGAGCAAGAACAAAGGGCAACUACCAAACUAAAAAAAAAAACCAAACCCAUUGCUGUCAAGUCCAUUCCAACCCUAUAGGACAGAGUAGAACUGCCCCGUAGAGUUUCCAAGAAGCGCCAGCUGGAUUCGAGCUGCCAGCCUUUUGGUUAGCAGCCAUAGCUCUUAACCACUGCACCACCAGGGCAACUACAAUAAUUACUAUAACAUAGACAAUCCUGCAACAAUACUAUUAACAGUGAUUUACAAAGGGAUGCAUAGGUAGAUAGGUAUGUUAAAGAGGUAUGGGAGGAUGUAAGGAAGUGCACCUACCUGCAGAUAUAGGUUAGGUUGUGGAUACCUCUACAUACAUAUUUAUAGAUAUUGCGUGUACUGAUAUAGGCAAUAGAACACACAAGGGACACAGUCAUGGAAACUUCUUCUGCACAACAAAACACCUCCCAAGAUGGAGAUUUUAGGCUUGAUGGCUGAGGAUCGUAGACUCGAGAGACAUCUACGUCAGUUGGCAUAACAUAGUGCAUAAAAACAAUGUUCUACAUUCUACUUUGCUGAAUAGCGUCUGGGGUCUUAAAAGCUUGUGAGUGGCCAUCUAAGAUACAACUAGUGAUCUCUUCCCAUCUGGAGUAAAGGACAGUGAAGAAAACCAGGGACUCAAGGGAGCAGUUAGUCCAAAGGACUAACAGAUUGCAUGCAUCAUAGCCUACACAACCCCAAGACCAGAAGAACUGGAUGUUUCCUGGCUGCCAGUACCGAUGGCUCAGACCAGGAUAACAAUAAAGGGUCCCGAACAGAGCUGGAUAAAAAUAUAGAAAAAUCAAAUUAAUAAAAGAUCAAACUUUUUGGCCUGAUAAGAGACUGGAGGAACCCCUGAGACUACGGCCUUAAGAUGCCCCUCUGACUUGGAACUGCAGCCAUUCCCAGAUACCAUCUUUCAGUCAAGCAAUAGAGAGGACUAUAAAAUUAACAGUAAUACCUGAAAAGAGCAUGCUCCAUAGAACAAACAAUUACACAAGACUAAAAGGCCAACAUUUGCCCAAAAGUAAAGAUGAGAAGACAGGAAAGGAUAGGAAAUCAAGACAAAAGGAAACGAGGAACCCAGGGUGGAAUUGGGGAGGGUUUUGACACUGUGGGGAUUGCAACCAAUGUCCUGGAACACUUUGUGUACAAUUUGUUGAAUGGGUAGCUAAUUUGUCUUGUAAACUUCAAUGAAAAGCAAUAAAAUUUUUAAAAAAUAACCCGUAUAUAUGAAUGUUACUGUUUAAAUGAUAACCCAUAUAUACAAAAAAAAAUCAGUUUGGAACAUGUAAUUUGGUUCUUCAGAUCUGAAAUGGUCAAAAGAAAUAGUACUUCCAAGGCAGUCAGAAAUAAUUUAUUUGUCAUAUGAUGUUUGUUGGUGGGCCCUUUGCAAGAUCUCCAGAAGUGUUUUUCAUCUUGAAAUACUACUUAAAAACUUGCACACUUGUCUUAGUCAUCUAGUGCUGCCGUAAGAGAAAUACCACAAGUUAAUGGUUUUAACAAAGAGAAGUUUAUUUUAUCACAGUCUAGUAGGCUUCAAGUCCAAAUUUAGGGCAUCAGCUCCAGAGGAAGUCUUCUCUGUCGGCUCUCGACAAAGGUCCU